AUGGGAGGAGCCAACUUUGCUAAGAAGGAGAACAACGUUAUUGGUCUGACUGACGCUCAACUGAGAGCAGUCGCAGAAGAUGUCGAUCCGGAAUUGAUCAGGAUCGGACAUGAGGUGGUCUCAAGACAGAAGCAAGAGACGUUCGCACAAGCUUGGAGGAAUCAUUGGGGUGCAGGAAUGUGGAGUUUGUUUUUGAGUUGCGCUUUGUUCAUGGAAGGUUAUGAUACUGGAUUGAUCUCCACGUUCUAUGGUAUGCCUCAAUUCCAAGCCAAAUUCGGUAAACCCCAUAAUGGCAAGCUGGUCAUUCCGGCCUCGUAUCAAGGAGCUCUUUUGAAUUUGGGUAAAGUCGGUCAAUUGAUCGGUCUGAUCAUCACUGGUACAUGUCAAGAGCGAUACGGUUCAAAGAAAACCUAUAUCUGGGGUAUGGUCGCUAUGACGGCAUCGAUCUUCUUAGCGGUCUUCUCGAUCAAUCUCGAUAUGUUGAUCGGUGCAGAGCUGGCUAUGGGUAUCCCUUGGGGAAUGUUCCAAACCCUUGCUACAGCCUAUGCUGCUGAGAUCUGCCCUAUCAAAUUAAGAGGUUACUUGGCUGCCUUCGCCUCCGUCGGAUGGGGAGGUGGUGGUUUCCUCGCCUCUGGUGUACUCAAAGGAGCCCUUCACCUCAAUGGCAAUUUAGCAUGGAAGAUCCCCUUCGCGCUUCAGUGGAUUUGGCCAGUCCCACUGGCUUUAGGAUGUUUCUUCGCUCCUGAAAGUGCAUGGUGGUUGGUCCGAAAGGGAAGAUUCGAAGAUGCCAAAGCGACCUUGGUCAGAACCGCUCGACAAGGUUUCUACGCAGAGAAUGAAGCUGAGGGUUAUAUCGCUUAUAUGAGACAUACCGAUGCGAUGGAAAAGUUGGAAGCUAAGAAUGGAAGCUGGAUUGAACUUUUCAAAAAAGGUCCUACUCUCAGACGAACUGAAAUUAUGAUUGGUACCUGGAUUGUGCAAGUGGCGAAUGGAAAUAUGAUUACUGGUUUGACUGUUGAAUUCCUCAAACAAGCAGGUAUGAGCACCAAGGAAGCGUUCAACAUGAAUCUCAUCCUCCAUGCUAUGGGUAUCGUCGGUGUUGGUCUCUCUUGGAUCUUUCUGGGAUACUUUGGACGAAGACCAAUCUACUUAUCCGGUUUACUUUCCGAAGCUGCCUGUUUAUUACCCAUCGGUAUCCUAGGAUUUGUCGAAAAGAGUAAUGCAAGUCUCAAGGCGACUGGUGGUUUGAUGAUCAUGAUAAACUUGAUCUUUCAUUUCUCCCUUGGUCCAGUAUGUUAUUCGAUCGUCGGUGAAUUGCCUCCAUCAAGAUUGAGGUCCAGAGCCAUAGUCAUGGGUAGAUUUAUCUACGUCGUUUGUGCGAUCAUCUUCCAACAAAUCAACACUAGGAUGGUAGCUGCCGAUGGAUGGAACCUUAAAGCUAAGAGCGGUCUUUUCUGGGUAGGAUGCAAUGCCUUUUGUCUCCUUUGGGCAUUCUUCAGAUUACCCGAAACUGGUGGAAGAUCAUUCACAGAACUCGAUAUCUUAUUUGCCAACAAGGUCCCAGCUAGAAAAUUCAAGAAUACCGUCGUCAGAGACGAAGCUGCCGAAUAUGGUGUACAAGGUAAAGAAGCUGUCGAUGUUGUUCAAGAUGAGAAAGAAGCUGUUGAAGAUGUUCAUGUCGAACAUGCUGGAAACAACCAACGAACCGCCACUCAUACCUUAACUUGA